UGAGCUUGUGCUGCAAACCAUGCUUCUGUCCAAGGCUUUGGCGGUGACUCUGAUUCUGCUUCUCAGCACCAGUCUCUCUGAAGUGGGUGCUAAGGCAAUCUCAAAGAGACAUGUCCGUCGUGACUGGCUGAUCAUACCAGAUUCAAUUGCAUUUUACAUAUAUGAAUCUGUGAACAAAGUGUCCCCGAAAGCUGGUCAGUUCUUGGCAGAAGCUGCUCAGACUCCAGUAAUCCUUGAGGUCAGGAACUUCCUAGUGAAGGAGACCUCUAAAAUCAGUGUGCUGGCAGAACAGCUGAUGGAAAAAUUAAGAGGUCUGUGGAAGAAGAAAGAGGAAGCGUCAUCCCAGCAGUAGAACUGAGAUAAGUCACAAGGCCACUUGACAUGAGUAAUUAGAAUGUGCAGCGUCCCUUCUCCUCAUGAAGUGAGAUCAGCUACUAACAUAGAAUUGUCCCUGAUGAUGUUGCUAGAAGGGGUGAGAAUACCAGCUUCAAAGAGCAGAGAACCUGUCUCCCGGGGGGGAUGCACUAUCAAAGUAGCUGCUGGAUGUG